AUGGAGCCGAACGCAUCAGCCAACGCCGUGCGUCACAAAGCAACGAAGCGCAAGCAGAUUUUCCUUAAAGACAAGCUUGAUAUCAUCGAGCAAGUUGAGAAGGGAAAGAAGCAGGUGGACGUCGCCGUGGCCUACGGCUUGUCGAAGCAGACGGUUAGCACUAUCAUCAACGCCAAAGAGGCAGUCUUGGCGAAGAAAGUCUCAGGUGACUUGCAACCCAAGAGGUUCCGGCUCCGCGAAGCUUCAUAUCCUGACGUCGAAGAGGCCCUGCUGAUGUGGCUUCGUGACGCCCGUUCGCGAAAUAUACCCGUUAACGGACUGCUGCUACGAAAACGCGAGGAGCAACUUGCCGUUGUUCUUAACCAAGAACAGUUCCAGUGCAGCGAAGGCUGGCUGAGCAGAUUGAAAUCUAGGCAUGCCAUCGCGUUUAAGUGCCUUUUUGGAAAGUCUGCCAGCGUCGACGACACUGUUGUAGCUGACUGGAUAGCAGAUGUUCUACCUGCACACCUUGAAGGCUACACACCGCAGGAUGUAUUCAAUGCCGAUGAAAGCGGCAUUUUUUAUAAGUUUAAACCAGGCAAGACUUUUUGUUUUGGCGAUGACACAUGCCACGGCGGCAAGAAAUCUAAGGAGCGCAUUAGCGUUCUCUUCUGCUGCAAUAUGGACGGGAGCGAGAAAGAAAAACUCCUGCAGAAGCGGGACUCAGUGAUCGACCUGAAAUUUGCCGUGCAGGUGCUGUCAACUGUAUGGGCGCAGAUUCAGCCAGGAAUCGUAAAGAAUUGCUUUAAGAAAGCAGGUUUCCGAGUUGACAGCGACUGCACAGACUGCUUGCCAGAGGAAUACCAACCAGAUCCUGGUGUGUGGUCAGCUGUGGAGGAGGCCUUUGGGAGCCAGUAG